UCCGAGAUCCAAAAAUUUAUUAUCUCUAGUUUCAAGAUUCAUACUAUAAAAUACUUCUAUUACUUUUCUCCUUUUCCCUUAUUUGAUCUCUACUAUCUUGUUUAUAUAUAUAAUUUCCUAUUUAUAGCCCUUCACCAUCAUAUAUUUCGGGUUUGCUUCAUCCAAAACAGUGCGGUUUUAAUGUUCAAAUCAAUCUGCGGAUCGUUCAGGUGAGGUGCCGGAAGCAAGAAAGUUGGUAAUUUCAGUUGCUCAAAAUUAUAGAAAAACUCUGCAAUGGCUAAGAAUGAAGCCGAAGAUCCAUUACUAGAAGAAGCUGUGGGAUCUUCGCUCCGUUCUAGUCGGAGCAAUGCCUUAAUGAAGAGAAGAUAUCGCCACAGCAAGAGCGUUUCCCCUGCAGAGCAAAACCUGCAGCUUCAGCAUCCCGACUCAAUCACUGAUAACAAGCUCGAUCCAAAGCUAGUCCUCUUGAUCUUGCUCUCAUACAUCACUGCAGGAGCCCUAUGCUUCUUUCUGGUUAGGUAUCAGAUCAAGGGCAACAAGACUAAUGGGGUCAUCGAUGCCAUCUACCUGUGCGUUGUGACCAUGACAACCGUUGGAUAUGGCGACCUGGUGCCCGACAGCACCAUGUCGAAGCUUCUCGCUUGCAUCUUUGUGUUCGUGGGGAUGGCGCUUGUGGGGCUCCUCCUGAGCAAGGCGGUGGAUGACAUAGUGGAGAAUCAGGAGGUUUUCUUAGUGAGGGUGAUGCACUUGCGCGACAAAUGUGAGAUGCUCAAGGAAGUUGAGACCAACAAGGUCAAGUACAAGUUCUUGACUGUGUUGAUUGCGCUUGCGAUGUUCAUGAUCGCGGGAACGCUCUUCUUGUAUCAGAAGGAGGGGUUGGAUUUCUUCGACGCGGUCUACUGCGUGUGCUCCACCAUCACCACUCUCGGCUAUGGAGAUAAGAGCUUCUCAACCGCGGGGGGCCGCGUGUUUGCUUCAUUUUGGAUACUGAUGAGCACCAUUUGUUUGGCUCAGUUUUUCUAUUCUUUGGCUGAAUUGUAUACUGAGCGUCGUAGGAAAUUGCUGGUGAGAUGGGUGAUGUCGAGGAAGCUGACGCCUUCGGAUCUGGAGGCAGCGGAUUUGGAUCAUGACAAAGCUGUGAGCGCGGCGGAGUUUGUGGUGUAUAAACUGAAGGAGAUGGGGAAGAUCUGCGAGGAAGACGUUGCGAUGGUGAUGGAAUGGUUCAAGAUUCUUGAUGUUGAUCAUUCUGGAACGCUUACAAAGACUGACAUCCCCUCCACUUCUUAGAUUCUUCACAAACUAUGCUUCUUUGUCUUACCACAAUUUUGUAUGGUUUUACAUGUCCAACAACUAUAGAAUGAAAUGAUCGGGGCCGAAACUAGGACAGAGGAUCCCAUCUGCGAAACUAGCGUUGUUUCAAGGAUUUAAGCACUUAUAUAAUUGUCUUCCCUUCAUGACAACCUUAAAUCCUGUUAUAUGCAACCGGAA